AUGAGGUUACGCCAGGCCCAGCUGAAAAGAAGAAUUGGUAGUGUGCGCGCUUUGCACCAGCAGAACACGUCCGCGUCGAUAAAGUUUGAUAAAACGGACCUGCUACGCGUUCAGAUUCCUCAUGAAGAUCCACUAGUCGUCAGUCUGACGAUUGCAGAAUGCCUGGUUUGGAGAGUCCUGAUUGAUCCAGGGAGUAGUGCGAAUGUCAUGCCUAGGGUGACGUUCGACCGACUAGAGAUUGAACUCGAAAAACUCAAACCCACAGGGAAUCCGUUGCUCGAAUUUGAUGGGAAGCGAGUGGAACCCAUUGGAAUAGUGGAGUUGACAGUACAAGCCGCUGAGCGGGUUUUGACUGAAAGUUUCAUGGUAGUGGAAAUUUAUCCAUCAUACAACCUUUUGAUGGGCAGAGGAUGGAUUUACAGAUUUCAGGGCGUUCCGUCAAGCUUACAUCAAGUGAUGCGAUGUUUGGGUCCGGAUGGGACCAAGAACCCUUCUCCCAGCGAGGAUGGGGGGGAGGAGCCACCAGUUCUAACAACAGAACCCCUUCAUGAAGUAAAGAUUGACCAUGAGAAGCCAGACCGAACAACAAGGGUGGGCACCAAACUCACUGAAGAAGAGAGACUAGAGUUGACUAAUUUCCUGAUUCGGAAUGCAGAUGUAUUCGCAUGGAGCCAUUCAGAUAUGCCAGGGAUAAAUCAUGCUGUGUCCUGCCAUUCCCUCAAUGUGGAUCCGAAUGCAAAGCCAGUGAAGCAGAAGCAGAGAAGAUUUACUCCAGAACGAAACCAGAUUAUAGCUGAGGAGGUUGAUCGGCUGCUUGAAGCUGGAUUCAUCAAAGAAGUUUAG